CGUGGUCUGGUGGCCACCCCAAGGAAGGGAAGCUCACGUACGUAGUAUAGCGUGCAUGCCAUCCAUUCUCUCACUCGGUUUGAUGAUCCUUCGAUCCCACAGCCACACCCUACCAUCGACGACCAUCUAGCUCUCUCUCUCGAUCGAUCGCUGCGGUGCGGUGCGGCCUCACCUCACCUCCGGCCAUCCAUCCACCCAUCUCCCCGGCCGAUCGACGAGCGAGCAAACAGUCUGCAUCUGCAUGCAUGCACUCAUCCAGGCCGGCGAUCGAUCCAUCGAUCCCCAGCCUCUGCCUCUGCGUCGCUGCAUGCAGGGAGAGAUCCGACUUGUCUAAUUGAUUGCUGCAUGCGGGCGUUGAUCGAUCAUCAAUUGAUCGCCCGCCGGCGGCCAUACGCAUACGUGUGGUGUGGGAAGAGGAGGAGGAAUUGAAGGCGGUGGCGCAGCCGGGAAUAAUAUAUAUUGUAAUCGAUAGACCGAUCGAUCGAUGAAGCAGCUCAAGCCUCGGCGAGUGGGCGCCGGGGACGAGGAGGCGGCGGCGGGGGUGGUGGUGCCGCCGGCGCCGCGCAAGGACUACUGCUGCUGGUCGUCGUGGUGCCUUUUGAAGGCCUUGACCCUGCUGCUGGUGCUCCUCACGGGCGUGCUCAUCGGCUUCGGCGCCAGCGCCAACAUCUCCCGCUACUACUACUACACCUUGUUAACGGGCACGAGCACGUCGUCUAGCUCGCCGCCGUCGCUGAUCUCGAGCAACAGCCCGACGCCGCCGUCGACGCUGGCCAUGUCGUCGGAGCAGCACAUCAGCCAGCCGUUCAUGUCGUUCGUGCACCCGGGGUCGCCGGAGGGGCACUCGAUGACGGACGCGGAGCUCUUCUGGCGCGCCUCCAUGGUGCCGCGGGUGGAGGAGUACCCGUACCAGCGGGUGCCCAAGGUGGCGUUCCUGUUCCUGACGCGCGGGCCACUGCCGUUCGCCCGGCUGUGGGAGCGCUUCUUCCGGGGGCACGAGGGGCUCUACUCGGUGUACGUGCACGCGCUGCCGGAGUACGUGCUCAACGUGUCGGCGACGUCGCCCUUCUACGGCAGGCAGAUCCCCAGCCGGGACGUGUCGUGGGGGUCCAUCACCCUCGUCGACGCCGAGAAGCGGCUGCUCGCCAACGCUCUCCUCGACCACUCCAACCAGCGGUUCGUGCUGGUGUCGGAGAGCUGCGUGCCGGUGUUCAACUUCCCGACGGUGUACGAGUACCUCAUCAACUCGGCGCACAGCUACGUGGAGUCGUACAACAUCGACGUGCCGCAGUGCGCGGGGCGGUACAACCCGCGGAUGGCCCCCGACGUGACGGAGCAGCAGUGGCGCAAGGGGUCGGAGUGGUUCGAGCUCAGCCGGGAGCUGGCGGUGGACAUCGUGGCGGACCGGCGCUACUACCACGUCUUCCGCAUGCACUGCACCCCCUCCUGCUACCCCGACGAGCACUACAUCCCGACCUACCUCCACCUCGUGCACGGGCCGCGCAACGCCAACCGGACCAUCACAUGGGUCGACUGGUCACGCGGCGGCCCGCACCCGGCCCGCUACGGCAAGGCCUCCGUCACAAAGGAGUUCAUACAGGCCAUACGCAACAACGGCACCCAGUGCCUCUACAACGGACGGCCCACCACCGUGUGCUACCUCUUCGCAAGAAAGUUCGCGCCCAGCGCGCUCGGCACGCUCAUCAACCUCACCACCACCCUACUCGACUUCUGAUUAAUUCUUCUUCUUCUCUUCUUCUGCUUCUUCUUCUUCUUCUUCUUAGCUGAUUAAGCUGAUUGAUUGAUUAAUUACAUGGACCAUGCUUGCUAAUUACUUACAUAUACUUAACUAUCUACAUAUGUAUGUAUGUAUGUAUAUGUAUACAGACAGCUUGUGUUUUACAAUGAAUGAACGAAUGACAGACAACUUAAUUGUGUAUCA